CCACCUUCUUGUAUGUGAGACGACAGAGUCCACUAGAACUCACACAUCGAGACUAGCGGAGCUCACCAUCAACAGGAGAAAAAGCGGAUUCGGAAUCGACAGGCGCCUUGAUAGCCGCUUCGGACGGUUGCACGUCUUCCCGGUUCGACUCGACCCUCGACUUUAUUCUCCCAACUUGGCUUCUUUUGUUGUUUCGUUGUGGUUUAUACAGAGGCAGAGGCAGAGGCCACCCAUCUAUCGCACGAGGCUGGUCCGCGGUGCAGUACUACAUGUACCUGGCCUGAGCAGAAAGGGAAAACAGUAUCGGCAUCAGCAGCAGCAGCAUCACGAGUCCCGGUGUCUCGCGGGGACCGAGCAGCGUCUUGCACAGAUUCGCGCGACAACACCCCAGCAGUCCGAGUGUGCGUAAGAGGAGGACCAUACACGAAACCGACAGAAACCCCGAUCCAGACAUACACAGAUAUACACGAGACUAGUGAGACUACCUACUGCGAGCACUGCGGCAGUCCGCCGACCGCCGUCCGCCAUCCUCUUCUGCAGCUCAUCUUGAGCGCUGCCACUCGUUUAGAAGGAUUGAAGAUGGACUGUUAAUGCGGAAGAGGAGCAGGGACAAAGUCCGGUUCGCGGUGCAAUACAGUGGAUCUCAGUACAGGGCAGCGACUUGGGAGCAUCCAGCAUGGCGGUAAUAACGGAGCCUAUCAACUUCAGCCGGCCCGGGGGGAAUGCCACUGGAGCUAAUCGCGGCCAACCUGGCGUGUUGAGCAGCGAGCGAAGUACAGGACGACUAGGCGAUACAUCGCAAGCAGGCAGCAAUGGAUACAUUGGGAACGUCACUUCGGAACGCAAGAACGAGGUCCAUUUACCGCGAGCGGCCUCGUACACUUACAUACCAGAGGUCAAGGAUCAUGGCUAUGGUGGCCAUGCUGUGGUCAAGGUCAACGGGCUCAUGAAGCGCGACUAUAUGGCAGAGUCUGACGACGAGACGGUAGAUAUCUCGCCCUCGGAGGCCUCAGCCCCGGACACAUCUGGAUGGAGUACGCCAGAGGACAGUGGCCAGCGAGCUGCUCCCAUCAAACCUCAGGACGUUGUAGCAAAACUAGAAACGACAAAGGUAUCGGAAACGAGUAAGUUGCGGCAGACAGAUAGUGCACGCAGCAGUAGCAGUCUCUCGACUGUUCAAUCCACUGCGCGGGAGUCUAGAACCAGCAUAGAGUCUGACAGGACUGUCUCCUCUGCUGCCACGACGCCGGCUUCGAGUCAGCGGCCUUCCCUCAACAAGUCGCUCUCCAAACGAUUCUCCGGCCGAUCGUGGUAUCCAUCGGCGUCCUCCACGCCUUCCUCGCGGUCUCCAUCGCCUACGAAGGUAGACAGCAAAGUCGAGCAGCCUGUUGCCGAGGUCUCGAAGGCCGUGGAAGGUGAUGUCCCUUCGAAGAACCCAGAUGCGGGACGCAGGAAGUCGUUCCAGCUUCGCAGGAGGUCACUGAAACCCCUCAAGGAGAGUAAAGGGACGAAAGAGAAGCGUGAUGAGGAGAGCUCAAGCGAUGAGAAGGAGUUGCAGAAACCAGUAGCGGCGAUGACGCGAAAGGGCACGUUUCUGCGUAAGAAAGCUACGCGCGCAGCUGGCCUGACGAAAGUUGCAACGAACCAAGAUAAUCGCCGGGGAAGCUUGCCACCCUCACUUGCGUCCGUUCCUAAGGUGCCACAAUUGCCCAAGUCGUUUUCAACAGAUCUGUUGCCUUCGCUUGUCACGCAGUCAUCUGGUGACAAUGUACCAGCUCCCCUACCCAAACUACCGCCUGCUGAGAAGCAUCACAUGAGUCCACUGUCUGCCACGAAGAAGAAGGACGAUCUCUGGACACAAUUCCGCAAUCUUGACGCGGAAUUUUCGAAAUUUCAGUCCAAGUCCAGUGCUCUUAAAGCGAACGUGGUGCGUACUGCUCUCAUACCAUUCUUGCGAACCCAUGCCACCCACGCAUCGAAUAAGACGCUGCGUCCUGAAGACCUGGAUCGUCGGGCGAGUAUCUUCAAUAAGUGGUGGACUGGCUUGAUCGAGAUGCUCGCCGGCAAGAAUAAUCAAUCCAUUUCAGGAACGGAUCGACCUGUAAUUCUCGAUGGCAUCUCUGGCAUUAUGGAGAGGCCGGAGUGGAGGCUUCCACCUUCGCCUUUCUGCCCUCUGAAUGAACGGGUCAAGGUGUCCCUUGGAACCGGCAGUCGCUCCAACACCUCACUGCGCUCGAGCUCCUCAGACUUCUUGGCAGACUCUGUUCAUCACAAUGUUCGCAACUUAUUCAUCACAAACCUGACCUCUCAGAUGGCAUUCGUUGUUGACAAGAUGUCUUUGAGGAAUGCGUCCGCAAGUCUGGUGACAUUUUGCGGGAAAGCGUGUGCCUAUGCUUUCAUGUUCGUGCCGGGCAUGGCAGACACCUUGGUGCGCCUUUGGGAUCUGCCGGUUGACAACGUGAAACGCGUGCUCAAGGAGAACGGCAUCGGCCGGUUCGACAGCAUCCCCGAGCUACUAUGCGCAGAGACCGUCUCGGGAUUUCCUCCUGCGUUGCAUCAACUUGGCUUCGUGUCGCUGUCCAAAUACUCCCGGAAGAUGCGCACACCGCCGUCUCCUCCCGUGGGUACGACUCAUAUCGAGUGGUGGGGUCACUGGACUGAGCGCUGGAACGGCCGCGAAAGUGAUCUAUUCUAUGUCUUCUGCAAGCACUUUCACAUACUCGCCGUGGACUUCUUGCCCCCCAGAACGACUCGACAGGAGAUAAUGUGCGCCCCCGGCAUGCUCGCGGUUCAUGCACAGAUUCUGGCUAACCUGGAAUUGACAAUUCACCGGGAAGCAAAUCACUCCCUCAAAGACCUGAAUGCCACUCCUAUUCCCACCUUUGACGAUGUGUUGGGCGAUCCGGAUAUCCACGCGUCUUCUCUACCUGUACCACCAACUAAUGCUGUAAGAUUAAUGGCUGAGAAUCGACUAGUAAUGCUAAUUCGCGACUUCCUGUCGGAGCGUACAUCAGAGCAUCCUGUCGCCAGAGAGCUGUUCGCUCGCUCAUUCACCGACUUGCUGCAAGCGGCUGCUCGUGGCACCUCCAUGUUCAACCACUCUGCUUGCUACACACUGCUGGACUUCCUGGAGGAGGCACUCAUCAUACUGGUUCGUUACGACGCCUUGAGGGACUCCGACACGUCACUCGUCGACUCCAGCUUCUGGCAAACUGUGUUUCGACGCAUGAUCGACAGCGAGAACACCAUGACCGAGAUUCGACUGUUCUCAUUCCUUUUCACCGUGUGGAACGUAGUCACCGGAAAUACUUCCCGAAAGCAUGACAUCUGCCUGCGCUUGCUACUGGAUCCGCAAGUCUUUGAAACCAGGUUCAAUCACUGGUGCCCAAUGGUGCGGGCUUACUAUAUGCGACUGCUUUGCUGGCGACUCGGCAGAUCCGACGAUGACGAACUGACGGACAUGCCCAUACUGGAGACGUUGCAGGAACGACUACAUCGGACCUGGUCGCACUACAUAUAUCUGUGUGACAAGGCAGACCGCGAAAGCACUCUACGCCCUGAAGCGUACCCUUGCCAUCCGGCGCCCGGUCGACGACUUCUGAUCGUGCGCACGGACAAUAUCAUGAAUCCCGGAGGCUCCUUUCUAACAUUUGAUGGCCUAAUGAAAGAUGCAAACAUACAAAUGGCCAGGCGUAGUGCUGCAGCGCCGGGGUUGAUCGAGAACAUCGAUCUCAGACCGGACUCGUCCUCGUCAAACCUAGAUUCCGAUCAGGAGCCGAGCACGAAGGGGCUCUUUGGAGCUCUGAAGAAGCUGAUCGGGGGCGGCGGCGGCGGUGGUGGUGGAAAGAAGUCUUAUCCAAAGGACAAGGGUACUUCACCUGCAUCGCGAGACCCUCCCAUUCCUCCCAGUCCGAUCAAAUCCGCGACGAAUGCCUCGAUCACGGAGGUUCCGACGACCAUCGAGACUGCGAUAGAGAAGCCGACACAUCGAAGCCUGACUUUCAAAUUCUCGCUCGAACUCUAUCCCAGCAUCAAGCCGCAUGCGCAAAUGCGACUGUUUCCGCCACGACUGCCUGGACCUGCGCACCAAUUGCUACAGGAGCGGUCUAACGUCGUGUCCUCAGCGCCCGGGCCUGUCCAACCUCAAGGCGCCAGCAUGGCAACCGCUCGAUAUGCGGGCAGAGCCCUGGCAGAGUGGACUGUUGUCGUGGGUGAGUGUGGAAGUUUCUUCGAUCGAAGACUAAAAGAGGGUGUUCCAGGUCGUAAGUGGGUUGAGACUCCUACUUUGGGCGUGGAGAAUUUCAAGAGACUAUUGUAAAGUGUCGGUCUGCGCAUUGAUCCUGACAGACUGCUUGAAAGUGUUGUGAGCGUUCUCGUUGGAGUUUUCAUCACUUCGAGAGAGAGAGGAUGGCAUUCAAGUCUUGGCAUCCACCGGCAGCCUACACCGGGCUGGCUCUUUUGGCGGUUUUGUAUUCAUUCAUUCAAUUCUUGAAGCGAUAUUUUUUGUUAUCUUUCUUUUGGUCUUUUUACCGCAUCUGAAGAGGCAUGCACGUUGUUCAUGGCUAAUGGCAAAGAUACAAGCAUGGAUGAUCAGGUAGAUGCGAAGCUCCAAAGACGAGGGGGGGUUUUUUUCUUUCUUUCUGUCAAGGACUCAAGCCCUUUUUUGAGAUUGAGAUUUACAAAUACCCGUUGUACAUUUUCACUUGAG